AUGUCGGAAGUUUGGAUUAGCUAUACUCAGUUUGAACUGUCUGUGGAAAGUGGGGAGCGCUUGAUGAAGUGCCGGCAGAUUUAUGAAGAAGCUAACAAGGCUCUGCGUAACAGUGAAGAAAAGGAAGAGAGACUUUUAUUGCUGGAAUCUUGGAGAGACUUUGAAUCAGAAUUCGGUACUGAGGCAACAAAAGACAGAGUAAGGAAACUGAUUCCAGAGAAAGUCAAGAAAAGAAGAAAGCUGCAAGCCGAGGAUGGCUCGGAUGCUGGCUGGGAAGAGUAUUAUGAUUACAUUUUCCCUGAAGACGCUGCCAACCAGCCUCAUCUCAAACUGCUUGCAAUGGCUAAAAUGUGGAAAAAACAGCAACAGACCAGCCCUGCUGAUGAAUACAAUGAUGAUAGUGCUGAAGCUGAAAGUGUAUCUUAGCAAAGUGCUUAUCCUGUCAAAUAUUUUAUUUUUUUAAUGUAAAAAGUAAUAAAUUGUUUUCAUUAUGGUCAAA